AGAAACGGUGCUGACUACGCAGUUUAUAUAAACACUGGACAAGAAUUUGACGGGAGCGAUUCUGGUGCAAGACCUGAUGAAGCUGUUAGCUGGGGUAAAAUUAAGAUGGCUGCUGAACCUGUUAAG